AUGCAAGAUAGAAGACGCGCAGAACUUGAUGCCAAAAGACAGAAGUUGGCAGACCUUAAGAAGGCGCGUGAGGAGCGACAGAAGAGGGAGUUAGCGCGUAACAAGGAGGGGGAGAAGAAACCUGUUAUUUCUCCUGGACUCCAAGAAGAGGUCGACAGUCUACUCGGGCAACUGAUUGGACCAGAGGGAUACUCAACGCCAGUGUCCUCUACACCUGGUACUCCGUCCGCACCGCGUGGUGAUGCGCGUUUGAGUGGUCUAGGUACCGAUGGAUUGCCUGUUUCGGGUCGCAUUAGUCGAGCAAGCAACGGAGAGAGUGUCAGCGACAAACCUAUACCGGGGUUAACAGCGCUCAUGGGUGAUGACUUUCCAGAAGGCGCACAUACCCCCAGGAUACCCGUCAAAUUUCUAGAUACCGAGGAGGACCUUUUUGAGCUUCCCCAGAAGCAAAAAGUUAUUUAUAACAAGGAGGUCCAGACAGCUGAAAUAGAAACAGAGCCUACUGGUCCAACUGAAGAGGAAUUAAGGCUCAAGAUACGUCAAGAAGAGGAGGCAGAGUGGGAGCGACAGCGUGCAGAAAAAGAGCAUGAGCUAGAAGAGGAACGAAAACUCGAGAAAGAAAUAGAGAUGAGAUCAGGGUUGACCGAGGAAGAACGAGCGUCCAUUUAUAUUGCACCAGAAUUCUUGGAAUUUGUUGAGCAGUCUACCAAGAUAGUACAACGAGCAUUGAAUGACGGAUACGACUACAUCCGGGAUUAUACCAUUGGAACAGAAGCCGAUGGUGAUGAUUCAGAAGGGAAACGGGUCAAGCGCAUUUGCGCAUUCUACGAUGAGAGAUGGAGCAAGAAUCGCUCCGUUACCGAUGUGGACUGGUCUCCCAAAAACUUAGCGCGGCAGCAUAUAACAAAAAUUCCUCCAGUCCUAAUGAGCCAGACGGCAUUGUGUGUGUGGAAUCUUCAUCUCGUCGAGCGGCCUGAGUUCGUCUUCCAUGCUCAGUCGGAUGUACUCUCCGUGUCAUUUUCCCCGUUUCACCCCAAUCUUAUCUUUGGUGGAACUUAUUCGGGGCAAAUUUUGCUCUGGGACACUCGUGCGAAACACCUCCCGACAUUGAAAACCCCUCUUUCUGCAGCUGGUCACACUUAUCCAGUAUAUGCUAUGCAAACCGUUGGUACACAGAAUGCUCACAAUUUGAUCACAAGUAGCACGGAUGGAACAGUAUGCAGUUGGCUGUCAGAUAUGCUUGCUCAACCUCAGGAAACUCUCUCGCUUGCCCAUGCUGGGCAUACCAAGACCGAUGAAGUUGCGGUGACCUCGCUAUCUUUCCCAGACGGCGAAACGACGACGUUCUGGGUCGGUACAGAAGAGGGACACGUCUACCAAGCUAAUCGAUACGACCGCGCUGGUGCCAAGGCUGGACUAAACCAACAUGAUGUAUACAAGGGACAUGCUGGCCCAGUUACUGGAAUUGAUUUCCACCCGCUCGCAGGCCCAGUCGAUUUUUCGGACCUCUUUUUGACGAGCUCCGUAGACUGGACGGUCAAACUAUGGAGAUCCCGUAAUGCCGCCAAACCCAGCACAAGUCCGCAUACAAUUUCACCUAUAUACAGCUUCGACGAGGCAGGGGACUACGUAUAUGAUGUUAAAUGGCACCCCUCCCACCCAGCUGUUUUUGGAUGUGUCGACGGAAAUGGGAGAUUUGAUUUAUGGAAUCUCAAUGCGGACACAGAGGUGCCGACUCUUUCGACACAAGUAUGCCCAGACCGCUCCCUGAACAAACUUGAAUGGGAUCGCAAAGAUGGAAAGAGAGUUGCUAUUGGAGGAAGCGAUGGUCGACUGUAUAUCUAUGAUGUCGGUGACGCUGGAGUACCUCGUGAGUCGGAAUGGACGGAUCUACAGAAAACUAUAUCCGGGUUACUCGGAGGCAGUCCUUCGGGAGUCUUACCGAAUGCAGUACCAGAGCAGGAUCCAAAGGCUUCUAGCGCAUCGGUGGAUUCGCGUCGUUGA